ACCAGAGCCAAGCGGCACCGAGUGACAGCGCUGAGAGGCUUAAGAUCUCCGGAGCGGCUCGCCAUGGCUGGCCCGCAGCAGCAGCCCCCUUACCUGCACCUGGCCGAGCUGACUGCAUCCCAGUUCCUGGAAAUCUGGAAGCACUUUGAUGCUGACGGAAAUGGGUACAUUGAAGGUAAAGAGCUAGAAAACUUCUUCCAAGAGCUGGAGAAGGCAAGGAAAGGUUCUGGCAUGAUGUCCAAGAGCGAUAAUUUUGGAGAGAAGAUGAAGGAGUUCAUGCAGAAGUAUGAUAAGAACUCAGAUGGGAAAAUUGAGAUGGCUGAGCUGGCGCAAAUCCUGCCGACCGAAGAGAAUUUCCUUCUGUGCUUCAGACAGCACGUGGGCUCCAGCGCCGAGUUUAUGGAGGCUUGGCGGAAGUAUGACACAGACAGAAGUGGCUACAUCGAAGCGAAUGAGCUCAAGGGAUUCCUGUCCGACCUCCUGAAGAAGGCCAACCGGCCGUAUGAUGAACCUAAGCUCCAGGAGUACACCCAAACCAUACUACGAAUGUUUGACUUAAACGGAGAUGGUAAAUUGGGCCUCUCAGAGAUGUCUAGACUCUUGCCUGUACAAGAAAACUUCCUCCUGAAAUUUCAGGGUAUGAAGCUGACCUCAGAAGAGUUCAAUGCCAUCUUCACAUUUUAUGACAAGGACGGAAGCGGCUACAUUGAUGAGAAUGAGCUGGAUGCCCUCCUGAAGGAUCUGUAUGAGAAGAACAAGAAGAUGAACAUCCAACAGCUCACCACCUACAGGAAGAGUGUCAUGUCCUUGGCUGAGGCUGGGAAGCUCUACAGGAAGGACCUGGAGAUUGUGCUCUGCAGUGAGCCCCCCAUGUAAAGGGGUGAAGGGACAGGGACUGCCUCUGCCCCUCCCUUAAACCCUGCCCCUGCUGUCCUGACUCUCUUGACACUCCUUCCCAGACCUCCCCACCCCCUGCAACCUGCACACACCAGCCUGUGGAGCGGGAAAGGAGCGAUGGAGAGAGGGCGGCUGGUAGCAUUCCUUUGAGUUGCACCAGCCCAACCCUGGCCUGAUGGACGGGUGUCCCUGCGGUGGGUCACCAACCACGUGGAUGGUGGGUGGGGCACAGGUGGAGCUUCCCUAGUCUCGUCAUGCAUGAUCUCCUUCGCUGUAUGAUUUGGGCUUCUGAGUCCCACAGAGUGGACUCCUUCCUCUUGCUACGCCACCCCCUCUUUCUCCCCAGGCUACCACUGACCCCGAGUUUCCAGGUUCUGCCCACCAGCUUGCUAAUGAUAUAGCUGUCUUCUCAGAGCUACUGUGGAGGGUGACGACCCUCUUCUUGUGUUCUUGACUUGUCUGUUCCUUUUAAUCUUUGGGUUUCCCUGUCUUCUUGUUUACCAAAGAAGAGUUUACAGAGAAUAAAGUGGAAAUGUUCUGCCGUGGACACUCAUCCAUU